AAGAUUAGUGACAUGUAAAAGAUAAUAUUGCCAUCCUCUGAAUGAUCAGGGCAUCUUAUCGGUCAUUUUGAUAAUUAUUACUUAGUAAGCAUCGUAACUCCCAUUAGCUAUAUCGUGCUUAACACGACAUUGCCGUUUCCAACUUGUUCCUACGUGCUACAUAGUGACCUAUCUAAUUACAGAUUAAACUUACAUCCGUCAGCAUCUGAUGCUUGAGCAAUCAUCUUUGCAUCUCACAGCGAUGUCUCCUGUCACUCCCCAAUCCUUUCUGGGAAUCUAUCUUCAUUUACUGCUAAUCGGAUAUUACUUAUCGAAGCAUGUUGAGGCAUCUGCUUGUCCCUCUGGUUUCAUUCAACUCAAUGCCACCUGCUACUACUUCAGCCAAAGACCUGCGACUCGAGGGACUGCGCAAGACCUCUGCUCAUCCGUUGGCGCAACCCUUGCAUCACCGUCUACUGCCGAGGAAGAGGCCAUCCUGGUCGGGUACCUGAACUCUUUAGGCGGAGGCUUCAAUUACUGGAUCGGCAUUACACAACAUAAUGCUCUGCACUUUGAGUGGGCGGACGGGUCACCACUGGAUGAUAGUUUCUGGGGAACAGCGGUUGAUCCACACGAUGAGAGGACAAACUGUAUCAGGAUGGAUGCUACGCUUGGUUUCGGCUGGUACGACAAAAGCUGCGGAUCAGGAUAUUACAAUUUCAUAUGUGAGACUCCAUUCGAGAAUGCACAAGAUGGAGAUUGUUCAAACUUGUUCCCGCUUGGGCCAGUGCAGUUCGGCGAUUCGUGUUACUUUGUAUGGAACCAGGCGUCAAAGCCUGAGACAUACCAAGACACACAAACAAUGUGCAGUAAUAUUGGCACACACAUGUUGACAUUGAACACUGAAGCUGAAAGAUUGUUCAUCGUAGAACAAGUCAAAGCACAAAAUUAUACUGCUAUCUGGUUGGGUUUGGUGCAACCUGACUACGGAAAUUACAAGUGGAUGGACGGCGAAGAUUUCAACUACACCAAUUAUGUCCCUUCGCCUUUUUACGAUGGAUCGGAUUGUUUUAGGAUGAAUGCUGCAGAUGGAUAUAAGUGGACAGAUGAUCUUUGCACAAGCAAAAAUCACUUCAUAUGUGAAAAAGAGAUAGGCGUUACGCUCGAAGAGGAAAUAAAGAUAAGAUCAUUUAUUGUCGGGAGAAAAGGCAACGUCCCAAUUGCUCAAAACAUUUUUUCCAAUGAAUUUUCGUCGAACCUAAUGAGAUGCGGCUCUUCGUGCAUCUCCAAUUCGAGUUGUUCAACCUUUGCUUACAAGGAGAAGACACGGGAGUGUAUUCUUGCUAACCCAUUGAACCAAGUGGAUAGUUCUGAUGACUCUGAUGUGUACUUUCUUAAAGUGAAUACACCAGAAGGCAACUCGAAGCGAAUCUUUGUCAGCGACGAGCAAGGGAAAAAGCUAUGGACGGCCGACAUCCUCAAAAUGCAAUUCAGCGAGAUACCAAGCUUUGUGACGUACCCUUUGAAAGCUACUUAUGACCCGGUCAAAGGUUAUGCAUACGUUGCAGAAUCGAACUACCAAUUGAAUAGGAUUAGACUGGAUGGCUCCUAUCAACAAAAGAUGAAUCUAACUAGCGGCGCUGGAAAUCGUAUCAUGGAUCUAUCACUUGAUGAUCGAUAUCGCCGUCUGUAUGUGGUCUUAUCCCCACCCGAUGUCAUCGUCGAGUACGAUAUCGAUUACAACUAUGCUUCGCCGAGUGACUUCAUCAAUACUGGCCUUGGUACUCCGAAAGCCGUGCACGUUGUCAGCUCCAAAGGGCAUGUCUAUUUCAGCCAUGAUGGUACUAUCGAACGUAUCGAUUGUGAUGGAAUCAAUCGCAUGCUCAUCUACUCAGGUUCCCCUCUCUCAGAUGUUACCGCUUUAACCGUUGAUUCAGACACCGAAAAAAUCUUCCUCGUGGAUUCAAGCGUCGAAGACAUCAUCUACAUGGAGUUGGAUGGGUCAAACGUCCUGUAUUUCCUGCAGGCAGCAGUAACGGUCAGAGGCUUGGGCUACCAUGGCGGAUUGUUAUACUGGGUAGACGAUGAUUCCAUGCUUCGUGUCUCAUCAACCACCCAAGGUUCUACCGUUACAACAGAAGAGGGUUCCAUCUUUGCAGAUGCAAGGGCGAUUUCGAUCAAUUAAUACAUUAAUUAUCAUCAGUAAUUGCCAUCAGGGACGGUUCCUAGAUAUUUCGACAGAAGGGGCUAGACUUAAAGAUGAUCUCAUUCCUCAAUGAAAAUAAGAGCUAAUCGGUCGAAAACUCUCUCUUCUUAUGCUAUUUGCCCCUUCCGUCCAUUUCCCCCUUCCUUUAUUCUAUAUUUAAUUUGUUCCCUCUUUUUCCCCUUUUCACUACUUGCAAAUUAUAAGGGCGGCAGCAUCCUGCCCCCGCCACACCUCUGACACGGUCCCUGAUUCCCAUAUGUAGGAAGACAUGAAGACCAAGUUUGGUCCAUAUACCAUCUUUCAAGAUUCUCAAUCCUACCCACCGAAUUUCUUGGUCAUAACAAUAUCUAGUCUUAUUUUAUAGGUUCCUGGAAAAUUUGUAUCAGGUUUCUCAUGAAAAAUUGACAAACCCGAGUAUCGAGCUGCUUAAAGGCAUGACCCCAGCUUGACAUGACGGGCAAAUUAGGUGAACAUGCCCCUAAUUUGCCACAGUUCACUACGUGGCAAAGACAAUUUUGAAGAUAAACCAAGUUCAAGGAGGUCGUUGACAGCAACAACUUCAGAGAACAUCGAUCUCAUCCUUGGAUUGCCGCAUCUUGCCAAGAGGUAUCAAAUCAUUAUAAUUAGAGAUAAACUUCGAAUGUAAAAGGUAUCUGCAAGCUUGGUACCAUAUCUUUUGACUCUGAACAAAAGCACACCACCCGCAGAAUGAAAACUUGGCAUUUGUUGAGGCUAACCCGUCCGAAUUCUGGGAACGAUUUGUGACUUUAAUAGUUUCGACACUAUCAGCCUGACAUCAAUGAGCAGUCAAUACAAUGGAAGCAUCCCAUGUCACCAACCCCAAAGAAGGUAAAGUCAAGUUCGUCCAUUAAAAUAUGAGACACUUGCUUGAUACAGGAACCUGUAAAUUUUACAUAAGACCAUAUAUUUUUUUAUGACGAAGACACUGUAGGAUAAAGAAAUGAGAAAGAUUUUAUAAACCAAAAUUGUUCUUGAUAUCUUAAUUCUUACUAUCUUAGGAUCAAAAGUUUUCAGUCGCCCCUCGCAUAUCUGAGAAGAGAACGAGUUCAUGCGAUGCAAUUGUAUUUCACAUAGAAGGAACACUGCCUUCAUAUAAAAAUAGCUAAAGGGGCGACAACAUUAAAGGAGGGCAAGACGGCUACAAAGUGGAGUCCUUUUUUUCUAAAUCGAAUAAUAGGGGUGUUAUAGAUCCCCUUACCUAAUUACUUCUUAUUCUAUGGUCCAUUUUCAUUCGUUUACUGCUCUUUUUGUUGUAGUUGUUUAGACUACAUAUACGAGCAGGGCGGUGUCAAAUUAAAGUAAUGGAGCAAAAUGAAGGGAAAAAAUAAGAAAAGGGAGAAAGAACGAAGAAAUUUAAAAACGGGACAUAUGUGGACCUUAACUCCUUGGUAUCUCAUUCAAUGGAAAAAAUAUAUGACGUCACUUUUGGGCCGUCUUUCCAUUUCCUUAAUCUGCUUACAGAAAAGGGAACUGAAAAACAAAUCAUCUUCCGGCAAAAGUAAUUUCUUGACAUAUUGCAUAAUAAACGUGUGGGUAUAAUCUUUAUUUCAACAUAGGACAGCGAUAAUAACUACUACCUUAAUGAACAGAAGAUUACUGAGAAUAUUCUUUGCUAAUUAUUCAUUUUUAUUCUUUAUAUUUAAAGGGCCAUAUUAAACAGGGAGGACGAUACAGUGUUUUGUUAAAUUUACAACUUUAAGUUAAACCACACAAAUUUCUUAAUUUAUAUGCGAAAAGCAAUUAUCGUGAAUGUAUGCCAAUGAAAAAAUAAUUUCUAGGAUCAUGCGUGUUUAAUUUCUUUAUGAUAUAGUAUUUCUUUAUCUACCAUAAUUAUAUUCUGAAAUCAUAUUGAAAGAAUGUACAGUUUGUGUAAUUUAUCUUCUUCGGGAUCAAAGUGAGUUAGUUAUUAACGUUCUUUGAAUAAAUAUGAUAAGACUGAUAUAGAACUAUCUCUUUCAGGGGAGACAGAUUGGUCUAAAAGGAUGUAAUGUACUUUUUGCCCCCUCCAAUUUCUACAGAUAUGUAUCUAGUAUAUUCAUAUCUAAUCGGUGUAAUACUUUUAUAUAGGAAUACUUAUAUCAUUGUUUUAUAAUCAUACUAUGUAGGCCCCAAAUCAUUCUCUGUUUGAGAUGAACACUGCAAAUCUAAAAUGUUUAAUCUUUAAAACAUAAAGAAAUGUUAUUAUCCUGAACCGGUUGAGUAUCUUAGAUUGAGCACUGCUCUCCAUCCAGAGGGUUAUACUGUGAGCCUGAGGUAUACCUCUGUGAAAGUAAAAUAUUACUCAGAAUUAUUUAGUUGUUACAAUAAUUUCAUCAAUGCUUAUGUGGUUUAUAAUUAUAUUAAACAAUAGUCCCAUCGACUGGAGGCAUGCUGUGUGUGAUCAAGUUCAAUGACUGUACACACACGUGACCAAAUGGAACAAUAAAGACUUUCUACGACAACUUAGCCAUUAUUGCAAAAACCAUUAUAACACGGAACAGCAGCCAAUCAAAAUCAAGGUUUCCAUAGUAUUUACAGUAAUGGAAAAGUUGAAAUUUGUGUAGGUCUUUAUGCAACGGGCUCAAGGUUUUUUAAAACAAACCAAGCGCCUAUUUUUUUUCUCAAAAAGUUAGUGUGUACAUUUGCUACCCCCGCGCCAUUUAAACCAUGUUUUGCCCCCGAAUUUGACACAUCAAUACAUUGAUUUUCGUAGCUUGUUAAUACAGUAAUUAUACAUAAUUAUUGGCAGGCGUCAAUCCACAUUUUUCCACUCUCCAUCCAGGUGUUAAAUGAGUACCCGGUAGGAUGCGAAAGCCUAUACUAUGAGCUCUUUUUGGAAUGUUCCUCAGGGAAUGGAGAAAGUGCAUACAUUGUGUGCGCGAAUGCCAAGAUCCGAUGGCCGGGGUAAUGGGAAUUGCAACGCAAACCGCUUAGAAACAAAAAUUAUUAAUCGCUAUCUAUAUAUAUAUAUAUGAAUGUAACUAAUAUGAUUAUUAUUCAUAUUAUAAUUAUUAACAUUUUUAUGAUCAUCAUUAUCUUCAUUAUUAUUGUUACCUAUAUGAGGUGUUUUCCAUGGGAAUAAUUUUCCAUAUUUUGCGUUGUCUACUUUCGCAGCGGGCAAUAUUCGCGAAAACCGAUUGGAACCAGUGUGUGAAACAACGCAAUAUAUACAAUGUGUGUUUCUGUGCAGCAUAUUUAUGGUACAUACAUGAUGGACGCCUGCGCGGAAACAGUUUACGUCACAAUGGCUUUUAAUAGCCGGGUUACUCCAUCAGUUUAUGAAUAACCUGAAAUCAGAAGUGUCAAGCAAACAAGCAGGCAUAUAUUAUAAAUAGUUCCAAAUAAUAGCCUGAAUCAAACAUGAUAGGCCCACAGCCAUGACAGCUGUGGGUAAUAAUAUUAUUGAGGACUCCUCAUUCGGGAAACAUCAAAUAUAUUUCCCUUAAAAGAACCAUAAUAAAUUA